AUAUUAUGCACGUUACACUGGAUGAGAGAACAGCUUUAAACAGCCAUGUGGACACAUUUCAUAAAGCCAGUCAGUUGGUAUGUCUAUUUAUAGGCUAACUGGAAUAGAACUCGGAAGAGUUACAACAGGGCAAUACAAGAUCUGAGAAUGGACACAUGGUAGACCGUUUUAUAUGCCACUCCGCGGAGAGAGGGACACAGAAAUAAGACAAAUACUGGGUUGGCUUUAGAAGAUCAAGAUGCCUACGAGCCAAAGUCGAUCCAGGGCGAGGGAUCGUAACAACGUCCUGAACAGACCCGAGUUCAUGUCCCUUCACCAGCCUUUGAGGACUCCUGCCGCUGAGGCUCGUGGUUACGCUCGAAGGCCGUCGUACAAACACCAGCAAUAUCAACACCAAAGCAGCGAAAAUGCACAGCAGGAGCCGGUCGAAAAUAAUAAAGAAAGAAAAGAGUUUCCGGAGGAAGACUGCAUGCAGCUUAACCCGUCAUUCAAAGGAAUAGCGAUGAACUCUCUUUUGGCUAUAGAUAUCUGUAUGUCUAAGCGACUUGGUGUAUGUGCACAUACGACGUCGUCUUGGGGCAGCAUGCGCUCUAUGGUUAAGUUGCUCGCGCUCACUGGCCAUGGCAUCCCUUGGAUUUUCGGCACAAUCGUGUGUCUCACGAGAAGCAACACGUUGGCGGGACAGGAGGUCUUGGUUAAUUUGCUGCUUGCUCUUCUGUUGGAUGUGAUGACUGUGGCAGGCAUGCAAAAGCUAGUGAAGCGCAAAGGACCCUGGGAAAUGCCACCCAGUUUCCUUGACUACCUGGUCAUGGACGUCUAUUCCUUUCCAGCAGCCCACGCGAGCCGGGCAGCCAUGGUGUCAAAGUUCUUGUUAGCACACUUGGUGCUUGCUGUCCCACUGCGCAUUCUUUUGGUGCUCUGGGCUGUGCUGAUGGGCAUGUCCCGUGUGCUGCUGGGCCGCCACCACCUUACAGAUGUCGGAUGCGGCUUCGCUUUGGGAUUCCUCCAUUACAGUCUGGUGGAGAUGGUGUGGUUGUCUUCCAGCACAUGUCAGACGCUUAUCUCCAUUGGGACACUCAAUUGGAACCCACUCUACUGAUCAAUGCAUGAUAGCUGCAGCCACUGAAAUUUUUCAGUCAGCUCUGCAUAUCCUUUACAGUUAAAGGGGAAUGCAUAUGCACAUAUUCAAAGAGUCUUAGGUGUUUGUAAAGCCUAAAUUUUAAAUUUUAUCCAUUUCUCUCAAAGCUGUGUAACAUUAAAGAGAAACACACAAGUGGACAUUUGAUGUAAACAUGGCAAUACUCACACCUUGAAUUCUACUCAUUGUUAAAAGCCA